UAGACAUCCUGGGAGCCAAGAGUGAAGUAGUCUACAUCAGAACCAGCCCCUCAGAGCCGUCCAUGCCCCUGGAUGUGAGAACAUACUCUAACUCCUCUACCAACCUGGUGGUCCGCUGGUCUCCCCCUGCCUCCCCCAACGGGAACCACACCUAUUACCUGGUCCGCUGGCAGCAACAGGCUGAAGACAGAGAGCUAUACCAACACAACUACUGCUCUAAAGAACUGAAGAUCCCGGUCCGUAUAGCUGCUACCGGGUUGACUGACAUGGAGGAGGACCUGAAGCCUACUAAACCAGACGUUGGUGGGGGGGACAAGGGGCCGUGCUGUCCCUGUCCUAAAUCUGUAGGAGACCUGGAGGCAGAAGCAGCUGACGCUUCAUACAGAAAAGUCUUUGAGAACUUCUUACACAACUCUAUCUUUACCCCCAGACCUCCAGACCGGCGCCGUCGGGAUCUAUUUGGCGUGGCUAACCGUACCAUCCACCGUGGUGUGACCGCCUACCCUAACGCCACGUCACCUGACCUUUGGGCCAACGCUACAGAGGCAGAGUUAGCGGACAGGGAGUAUGACUUCGUAGAGUGGGCAGUCAGCGAGCGGGAGCUGCAGAUAUCCGGUCUGCAGCCGUUCACGGUUUACCGGAUCGACAUCCACGCCUGUAACCAACAGGUGAAACGCUGCAGCGCGGCAGAGUUCGUCUUCUCCAGGACCAAACCUGCAGAGAAGGCGGAUGACAUUCCAGGCCCAGUGAUCUGGACUGGAGAGGAUGAUUCUGUGUUCCUCCGCUGGCCUGAACCCUCGUCCCCCAACGCACUCAUCCUCAUGUAUGAGAUCAAGUUCAGACUGGGCACUGAGUCAGAGAAGCAUGAGUGUGUGUCUCGCCAGCUGUAUCGAGAGCAGCAUGGUGCCAGGCUCAGUAACCUUGGAUCUGGUAACUACUCUGCCCGGGUCAGAGCCACCUCCCUGGCUGGCAACGGAUCCUGGACUGAACCCAUCUCCUUCUAUGUAGUACAGGCCCAACGUUAUGAGAACUCUCUCUACAUCAUGAUCUUUGUUCCCAUGGUAGCAGUCCUGAUCAUCUGUCUCCUAGCCACGUUCACCAUCAUCAACAGGAAGAAGAACAGUGACAGACUGGGGAAUGGAGUUCUGUACGCAUCAGUCAACCCUGAAUACUUCAGCGCUGCAGAGAUGUAUAUACCAGAUGAAUGGGAGGUGUUGAGGGAGAAGAUCACGAUGAACAGAGAGCUUGGUCAGGGGUCGUUUGGCAUGGUGUACGAGGGCGUUGCUAAGGGAGUAGUCAAGGACGAGCCAGAGACGUGUGUGGCCAUUAAGACGGUGAACGAGUCUGCCAGCAUGAGAGAGAGAAUAGAGUUCCUCAAUGAAGCCUCUGUCAUGAAGGAGUUCAACUGUCAUCACGUGGUGCGUCUGCUGGGUGUGGUUUCCCAGGGCCAGCCCACCUUGGUCAUCAUGGAGCUGAUGACUAAAGGAGAUCUGAAGAGCCACCUGAGGUCACUACGGGCUAAAGAUCCGUCCCAGUCCUACAGUCUCAACCUCCCUCCUCUGAAGAAGAUUAUUCAGAUGGCUGGGGAGAUAGCUGACGGGAUGUCUUAUCUCAACGCUAACAAGUUUGUCCACAGAGACCUGGCCGCCAGGAACUGUAUGGUGGCAGACGACUACACCGUCAAGAUAGGUGAUUUUGGUAUGACCAGAGACAUCUAUGAGACAGACUACUACCGUAAAGGAGGAAAGGGGUUGCUGCCGGUCCGAUGGAUGUCCCCCGAGUCCCUUAAAGAUGGAGUGUUCACCACCACCUCUGAUGUCUGGUCUUUUGGGGUGGUGUUAUGGGAGAUAGCCACACUAGCAGAGCAGCCCUACCAGGGGAUGUCCAAUGAGCAGGUGCUGCGCUUCGUUAUGGACGGAGGACUGCUAGACAAACCAGACAACUGCCCAGACAUGCUGUUUGAGUUAAUGCGUAUGUGUUGGCAGUACAACCCUAAGAUGCGUCCGUCGUUUCUGGAGAUCAUUAACAGCAUCAAGGAGGAGCUGGACCCACCGUUCAGAGAGAUGAGUUUCUUUUACAGCGAAGAGAACAAGCUUCCAGACACAGAGGAGUUAGACAUGGAGGUAGAGAACAUGAAGAAUGUUCCUUUAGGCCCAGCUGCCUCUUCACGGCCCCCCAUCCCCUGCCCCCCCACCAGCUCCGGGUCCGCCCUGCCCAACCAGCCCCCUCCUCCCCCCUCCCAACAGACAUCAGCCUCCACGGCCCCCGACGAUCCAUUAACGCUGGGCUCCACCCCCCCUUCAGCCCAGUCCUCUGGGCAGGUUCAGCCCCAGGCUCCCUCGUCCCCCUGCUCCCCAGCCCUCGGGGCCACCAGCCAGGCCUGCUGCUCCCGAGUGGCCCCUGGCCCCUCCUCAGCCCAGAGCUCAGGGGCUUCAGGACAGGUGGAGUCCAACGGCCCGGAGGCGGUCGCCCAGGUCCUGCUGCGACCAGCCUUCAAUGGCUCACCGCCCUACGCACACAUGAACGGAGUGAGGAAGAAGGAACGUGCCAUGCCCCUCCCACAGUCCUCGGCCUGCUGAUCCUAGUGGACCUCUCUCCAUCCCUCAUCCCUCUUUUCUAAAGAGCUUGGUGGACUCCUCUGUGGUGGGACUCCUCUGUGGUGGGACUCCUCUGUGGUGGGACUCCUACUUUUUCAUUCUGUUAUUGUAUUGACAUUUCUAUCAACUGCCUGAUAUAAAGCACCUCCUGCUGAGGCCUGCUGGGAGGACCCUGAACCACAACCUGAACAACUGUGUUUUUUACAUAUAUUCCUUUAGGCCCAGCUACCUUUAUAUAUAAAACGCAAGUCUGUUGUUCAGGAAGGUUUCUGGUUACCGCUACCAGUCAAAAGUUUGGACACACCUACUCAUUCAAGGGUUUUUCUUAAUGUUUACUAUUUUCUACAUUGUAGAAUAAUAGUGAAGACAUCAAAACCA